AGACCUUCUAAGAGCUGUCAUUUCCGAGUUGGAAUAACUGGACUGUUUUGUUUUAAUUAAAUAAGCAAAAAGUGUUGUUGUUCCGAAAGGUUAACUGAACAAUUACAUUCAAAUGUGAGAAAGACUUAGACAUGUUAAACUUUUGAGUCCAUAAAAGACUUAGCUUAGAGCUGCAGUGGAACAAGAAACAGUGCUUAAAUUGUGGAUGAUAUUUUUUUAAAUUUCAAAAUGAAGGAAUGUGAUACAAGGAUGAUGAGAAUAGCAGUUUUAUUUUUAGUAUUCGAGACUACAAUAGUCAGCUGUAAUACGUAUGGACGAACGGUUGAGUUAUGGGCAUCAGCAAUCCCCAGGAGUAUCUUCUCCGACCACUAUCCGGCAGAUUACGACUCUUUUUCUGACUCUAGAUGGUUGAUAAGAUCGUCUAAUGUGAGUGAAUCCAUCAAGAUAGAAGUACAAUAUAUGGAUGUAGAAUACGGCGUUACUUGUAGAUACGACAAGCUCGCCUUCUACGAUGGAAGCACAGUUGGGGCCCAUGUUUUAGCAACACUUUGUGGGAAUUACAAACCGAUAAUAGUCAGCUCGACAUCCUCAAUACUGAUUCACUUUACAUCUGAUUGGGGAAUUCAGGGUCGUGGAUUUCAUCUACGAUACAGCGCAGUAUUUGGAGUGCCGAGUGGUUAUUUCCCUGAGAGCUCUACCACCAGCAUGCCCAAUGCUUCUGGAAGGGAUGAAGAAGACAAUUUUCUAGACAAGUACCAAGGUGUGGCUACAAUCGUCGGCGCCAGUAUCGGAGGAAUAGUUAUAGCUGUCGUCCUCAUCUACAUCAUCUGGUUAAGCUGCUACACCUUCUACAAUAAAACGAACACAACCCGGCCAACCAACCGGUGUGCUCCGACACCGGAACUCUAUCACACACCAGCUUCUGGCGACUUCUGCAGCUAUCCGGUCGGACCACCAUCUUACGAGUUUGCCGUACCAACCAGUCCACCACCACCCUAUGAGGAAGUUGAUCCGAAUCCAAGACCCCGAUCCUUCUUGCAUCGUCUUCUGGAAAUCGGCAUGAAUGUUCGACGUCCCAGACGACACGUACGUCCACGACCUGUCAGACCUUUGAGUGCCGUAACGCACAGAAGUACUGUUUUCAGUGGCCGAAACGCUUCAUUGUUCAGUAACGUCCGCAUGACCAACGGUAGUCAGCCUUCGUGCAUCAUCGUUACGGAGGCUGAGGACGGUACGAUUGUAGAUUGCCUGACCAGAGAGUCCAUCAGGCAGACUAGAUCACCCAGAAGAGGUUCCUCACAUCACAGCCCAACAAGAUCACCAACUCGACGCUUAUCAGAAGCACAAGCAAGACGUCUGUCAGAGUCUCCGACACGACGACCAUACAGAUCCACAACGAACCGCUCUAACCACUCACCAACUCGUCGUCUUAGCCAAUCACCCACGCGGCGCCUGAACCAAUCUCCAACAAGAAGACACAGCAGACCAUACAAUACAAGUCAAAGAAAUCAAAUCCUCGACAGCAACAUCCCCCUUCCAACAAUCCAUGAUGCCAACAACAACAGUGCGGAUGUACCAACGCGGCAAAAUCUCGUCCAAAACACCGAGCAGAGGUCGGAACCUCAAAUGGCAGAAAACGUAACAGAUGGUGUUUCUUGUAUAGAUCUUCCUCUGACUCUGACGUCAUCAACAGCGCAGGAUGACUGUGGGUCCAACGUGGAGCUGCCAAUCCUUCAGGUAACAGCUGAUGGAAUCAUCGAGUCCACUGACGUUUAA